GACGGGUGUACCGAGCGUUGCUGGAUCCAGACGGCCCAGUAUGCAGCCAGGAAAUGGGUUCUUGGGUACAGGUAAGUCGAUCCCGGGAGAUGUGGUCGUAUCGAGAUGGAGCUCGGCGGUACAAUCAUCGUAUCGGUAGAGAAGAACGACACCUGUUGGGUUUGACGAAACCUUUGGAGCAUCACCAACCUAUCGCUGAGGGAACAAGAGAUCGAGAUGAAACGACCAUGAUGCCAUGAUCGGCAAAGCUAAUCAUUCUUGUUGCUAUCUAUCUAAUCAGGGCUUUCACCGAAGAAGGUCGGGAUCAUCGCGAUGGUCGUAUUGGGGCUGCUAACAGUAGGACGGUGGAUGGUCUCUGGUAGCGCCGACAUUGCUCAUCACGACCAUCCCUUGACCCCUCGGGACUACCUAAACGCAUCACAGUCCGAUCCGGCACCGUUCGAUUUCUGUCCGAUCUUUGGGCCGGGGGAUAUCGUUGCCGAGCGGAGAGGACAAUGGGGGUUGUUGAAGAGUCGACUGCAUCAAGGUAGUAAUGCCAGGAUUCAGAGGGUUGUGCAGAAGGCCUUGAGCGGGUUGCCCGUAACGAUCAGCGUGCUCGGUGGAUCAGUAUCUGCGUGCCACGGUGCUGGAGACGACCCCAUCCACCCUAAAUGUUACCCUUCAAAAUUCUUCGCAUGGUGGAACAGCGUUUUCCCACACCCGGCUUCCGAGCUGACGAACGGUGCUACGAGGAAAUCCGAUUCAGCGUACUUUGCCUAUUGUUCUGGACACCAUCUACCUGACAAGACAGAUCUCGUCAUCCUCGAGUUUGACAGCAGUGAUCCCAACGACUCUGAAUGGCUCAACCACUUUGAACUGCUAGUUCGAUCAAUCCUCGUUCGGCCCGAUAUGCCUGCCAUCAUCAUUCUCGGACAUUUCAGCCCUCAGAUCCAGGCUCAGAGCGGUUUCGCCGGACCCGAGUUGCUGCAUACGGUGGUUGCCCAGUUCUACGACGUGCCCCACGUCAGCACCAAGGGACUGCUUUAUCAUGACUACCUGGCAAAUCCUGAAGCCGCUCGAUCGACCUUCUAUACCGAUCCCGUCCUUGCCAACCCGACCGGACACGACCUGUUGGCUGAUGUGCUCAUCAGCUAUAUGAUGCAGCAGGUCUGCGACGGCUGGUCGGCCACUAUGGGUCAUGCCUUUGACGUGCCCUACAUGGGAUCGGAUGGGACCGACAGCACGACCGGUGGACCCAACCUCUUUGGUGGAGUCGGUCAGCGUAAAGGCUUGUCGCCCAUUCAAAAGGAGAGCGACGGCGGCAACGUUGGCGCUACCGACUCGAAAUACGCGGGUCUCAAGGUCCCUUCGGCCAGGUUGUCUGAUCGACCUUCGGACAUACUGCAAUUCAGGGAGAUCGAGCCGUUCUGCGUGUCAGCCAACGAUUUGAUCAACCCCUUGCCCCCCUCGUUGUUCUAUGGUUCCGGCUGGCACGAUCAUCACCCGACCAAGGGCGACGGACACGACGACAUGCACUAUUGGUACGCUGAACAGCCUACCAGCCGAAUACGGGUACCCAUCCAAUUAGGUGCCGGAGAUGUGGCCAUCUACUACCUGCAAGCGCCCGAAGACCAGCCUUUGGGUUCGGUCUCGUGCUGGGUAGACGAUAACGUAGGGGGAGCUGUCGAGCUCUCCGGUGUUGCCGAUGUGCCCAGUGUCAUGCCUACUCUCACCAUGAUCGACCGACACGUAGCGCGAGGGUCGCACUUCGUAGAGUGUGCCCUAUUGGGAGUGGAAGGGCAGCCCACACCACCAUUCAAGAUUCUUGGUAUUUUCACGACAUAGACGGUCAAGCAUCUCGCCGUUCCAAGCAGCGAGGCGACCAUGUUUCCAUUCCCUCAUUUACCCUCUGCACCUCGUUCUUUCUUGUUCUUUAUUGCGCGCGGGAAUAUCAGGCAUUCCCUUCUGCAGCUUUUUCUUUGUUGUGCGCGGCGAGAUCGAGGGCUGUAUUCAAUAAGAGGAUUUUCGUGUUCUCUGCCAGAUUGGCCACGACUUGCACAUGAUCGCAAUGAUACAAAAUUUCAAAGCCAGACCGGUCGGAUCUGCGCCUCGUCGACA